AUGUCCCCCGCCCGCCUGAUGUGGAGGCCCGGGCUGCAGCCCUGCUGUGGAGGCCUGGGCCGGCUCUGCCGCUCAGUGUUUAAGGCCUUCUUCUUCACGCCGACCUUCUCCCCGGAGGACGGGGCCUCCUGCGCGCACACGCACGUGUGCCUGUGCACGCCGGAGAGCGUGACCCCCCACGCCCCCCCGCUGCUCUACGACCUGCGCGGGGACCCGGGCGAGGCCCGCCCGCUGACCCCCCGCUCCCAGCCGGACCUCCACCAGAUCCUGGCCAAAAUGGCGGCGGCGGUGGAGGCCCACCGGGGGGCGCUGCAGCCCGGGGACAGCCAGAUGUCCCCCGCCCGCCUGAUGUGGAGGCCCGGGCUGCAGCCCUGCUGUGGAGGCCUGGGCCGGCUCUGCAGGUGCCCAGGUCAGCCAUGA